AGGCAGUUUCUUUCCUUCUUCCUGUUAUUAAUUAACUAACGUGUGUGUGUCUGCCUCUUUCUCCUUCAUUCAUCUCAAAAUGAAAAAUUCCGUGUUUAACAACAAAGCACAAGUUCACCAAAAUCGAACUUGCUCCUCCUAUUCCUAUUCCUACUCUUCUCAGAGGGAUGUCUGCUACAGUUGUGGUACAUGCGGGUAUGAGCUUAACCUAUCCUCCUCUAACCGGAAUAUAUCAUCCAUCGGUUCAAAAUAUGGGAAAUCCAUAAAGCGAGGCAUUAUAUCAUUCCUCAACGUUGAUGACAGCAGAUUCACCCGCGCCGAUGAAAUUGAAUUCGCCCCAUAUUUUUCAAAGCACAAGUGGGGUUUGUUCCGCCGAAAAACCAAGCUUCUUUGUCGCAAGUGUUGCAACCAUAUUGGAUAUGCCUACAACGAUCGCACUUCAUCAUUUUUUCCCUUCGUAUCAAACAGAACAGAACCAUCACCACCCACCGAAGCAUCAAAUUCAAGUCCAAUGAAAUACGAUAUUCGCAUUCGUGCUUUACAACCUUCAUCUUCUCAAGAACAUGGAAUCACUGUGUUGGCUUAAAAUUUCAAAUACGCGGUAAAAAAUUGUUAUCACUAACUACAGGGAGGUUGUGAUUUCAUUUUUUUUUUUUUUUUAUAGAUUUGAAGUUCUGUUUUGGCAAGGGUGUUGUGUUCCCCUUUCCCUGUGUCUCAAGUGUGAUUAAUAUACACUUGUAUACUAAAAGUAGUAGCUGUGGAAUUUUUGGAAUGUUAAGUUAAAUUUUGCAAAACAACGAAGAUAGAAAGAAUAUUUAUGGUGGUGCUACUUCGUAAAUCAGAAGAUAUUAUCUAGUUUUGAAUAGUCAGAUAUCAGGAGUGGAUUGCCCGGCCUCACAAUGUAUGAAUAUAAUGUUAAUAUAUAAUCGUAUAUUGUAUGGUAUAAUAUUAUUUUCAGCACAA